GAGAGACAUCGAUAUCGCCAGACCUUGCACAGCUGUAGGCAGCACUACUUGACCAGAGUUUCCUCGAGCAGCAACGGUGGCGGGGGCACAAGCGCUAAUCAUUUGAACACUUGGCACUGGCACUGACUAGCAGCACAAACCAGCAUUUUUUGCGAACACGGCUGUUCGCCAUUUCUGCUGCCACCGAAGGUUCACAACCGGGUGUGUUGAACCGAUACCGCAUCAGCAGUAGGGCAUAACGUUACUCGAGACUUUUUCCGGUCUAUGUGGCACCGAUAGUGGACUUUUAAAGGGUGUCCGCAAGCUAACCAUCCUGAACCCAGACCAGACCGUGCGUCAUCAUCUGUGUGUGAGUAGGAGUGUGAGUGGUGAAAAAACGUUCCUGAUCGUAUAACCGGGUAAACGGGAACCGGGGGUACCGGACACAAUUGGUGUUACAUGUAACUGCUUCCGUAAUCCGCAAAAAGGAACGACCCACCACCUCGAUACCGGCCUAGCCGAUCAGCGCUACACCUUAGGAUGGACAAUACGAAUAGAUCGAAUAAUCGACUACCAGCCAUAGAAGUAUCUCAGCCAGAACCAAAGCGCAGAAGCUGUAAACGCAAGAAUACCUCGGAAUCCCAUGAGCAUGAAGAAUCAGAACAAAUUCAACGAUCAGCUAAGAAGCGUCGAAAUAGCCAGUCGACCCGCACAACACCGGGCGGUGCCGUCGCAUCGACAUCAUCCACCGCAUCCGUCAACCUACUACCUCAUCAUGCUACAACAUCUUUCACGUCCUCCACAACAGCCGCUCCUGCGCUCCCCGCUGGUCCAUCAAUGCCGAGUAUAGCCAGCUCGGCAAGUGUGUCCUCCGUCGGUAGCAACAGAGAUGCCGAUUACACCUCCGACACGCCCGGUUCAUCGGAGUUCUAUGUGAACGACAUCGAUUAUUUCCAUCUCGACAGCCCUGCUACCGUUAGCUCGACCGGGAUGAGUCCCCUCGGACGGUACACCAUUGCAAACGGAGACAGCACAGCCGAUUUGCAUACCAAGCAGGAGCACUCAUCGCUACCCGGUUCGGUUCCGAUGACGCACCCGCAGAUAGAAAUGUAUGGUAAGGCAGCCAGAGUUCGGUUUCGUACUGAGGUGUGGGGCGACAUUAUCACACCUUCACACAAGCAACGUUCCUGUCCGCUUCCAAACUUGACGUGGGCGAAUAAGCAGCAGAUGUGGGAUCUGAUGUGUCGAAAGGACGAAUUGGCGUGGAUAGCGCGGGAACCGACCAUGUUUGAUGGCCAUCCAGGUCUUCAACCCCGAAUGCGUGCGAUCUUGCUCGACUGGCUGAACGAGGUGUGCGAGGUGUAUAAGCUGCAUCGGGAAACGUACUACCUAGCGGUGGACUAUAUCGAUCGGUAUCUAACCUGCAAGAAGGAGCUGAAAAAGUCGCAUCUACAGCUGCUCGGCAUUACCGCACUGUUCAUUGCGGCUAAGGUUGAAGAGAUCUAUCCACCAAAAAUCGGAGAGUUCGCGUACGUUACCGAUGGUGCAUGCACGGACGAGGACAUACUGCGCGAGGAGCUGCUAGUACUGACGGCACUCGAAUGGCGAAUCAACCCCGUGACGGUGAUGGGCUGGUUAGGGAUGUAUAUGCAAGUAAUUGUCAGCAGCCGGGAGGAGAUGUCACACGUGUUGUCGGUGCGGAACGAAUGUCCGUCCGCCAAAUCCCCCUCACGGAAGCGUAAAAUUACGGAUGAAAAUGAGGAUAGUAAUAACAUUAAGAAAAUGAAGGUGGCCCAGAAGUCACCAGCUACCAAGACUGAUGAUGCGUUCAUGUAUCCCCAAUUCUCCGGCAUGGAGUUCGCCCAUACGGCUCAGCUAAUUGACCUGUGCUCGCUGGACGUUGGGUUAACCAAUUUCAAAUAUUCUGUGAUUGCGGCCGCCGCCAUCAGCCAUACGUAUGAUCGGAAAACGGCAGUGCUUGUAUCGGGAUUCAGGUGGGAAGAGAUAGCACCGUGCGCCAGAUGGAUGGAACCAUACUUCCAGGUGAUCUGCGACGAGAAUGCAUCCAGCCCGCUCACCCUACUAGAGUCGAACGAACCAAUCAAGUACUGUCACGGGUUGAAGCACGUCUGCCCUAACCUUGUCUCCGACAGUUCCCACAUCAUCCAAACGCACACAACUUCGCUGGAUAUGCUGGAUUUGGUUAGCAUUAAGAUCGAUCAGAUGGAAUCUUCUGCGCGCAUGGGCCUGCUGGAAGCAUCACCGGCACCGGUCAGCCUCGAGGCGGAGGAUGGCAUCCUAACGCCACCAUCCUCGAAUCGCAAAUCACUGGAAACGCUCGGUGGCGCUAUCACAGCAGUAUCGGUUGUAGCUCCCGAUGUUAUCACUAGCGUUGUAAGGGUCAACGAUUCUAACGCAAUUGGCGCUGGAUGGAGUAACAGUUAGAGAAGAGCAUGCAAAAUUUCCUAUAUUUUCUCUAACAUUUUUAAUCACUCCAGUGUCGAACAGUGUUUAAAUUAUUAUUUACCUUAUCGAUAUAUCGCUGAGCUCCCAUUGAAAUGAGUUUUAAAGCAGGGCAAAGCAAAAUGGAACAAUUCUCUUACUUUCUCAUGUGAAAUCAAUAACUACUCACAAUGCACUAAGAGAUGUAUUUGCAUAUUGGAUGAUAUUUUCGCCCAAACACAAAACAAUGUUCAAAAUGGGACGUCAUUAGAAAGGAAACGCAUUGUAUAUUGAAGAAUCCCUCUACUCCAGCUAAUUACAGUCUAAUUCCUCCAAUGAAAUUCCCAUUAAUAUUUAACAAAUUCAAAAUUGCUUCUAAUAAAUUACUGAUGCAGAAAGAGAAUCCUUCAUGCGGCCCUUAAAUUGCGUCCCUCAUUCCCAUUAACUCACUAGCAGUGCAAUGCAUUUCCAAUUUACACUUUGACAGUCUCGCUUAUUUAACAAACUAAUACUAAUACCCAAAUCGAUAUGUACAAUAUUUAUUCCUUUUGUCCUUUUUUGUACAAUUGUUGUGCCAUUCAUUUCAAGGGAAUGAUGGUGCGUGCGUGCAAAGGGUUUGAAAGCAGAGAUAGAGAUAUGUUCUUAUGUUGCAGGCCUUUGAGUUGGAGAAUUUGUAAAAAAUUGAAGAAAAAAUAAGUGUUACAAUACACAAAUGUGAUAACAGCUCUAUAAUUUAUUCGAUGCUCACCAUUAACCUUCCAUAUGCUUUUUGCUACGAAAGCGUCGUAAAAUGCAGCAUCCUCGUUAGACUAAUGCGAUUUCAUUCAGUACAAAGAAAAAAACCACGCAAUUGUUAUUUUCCAAAGUUUCAUGAAUUAAGUGAAAAAUAUUUUCACUGAAAGAUAUUUAAAAAACAGCAAUAUGAGCACAGCACUUAAAAGGACCACACGAUCUUAUACAAAAACCAGAUCGCUCAAUGCAACAUUAUAACAGUAUAGCACAAAGAAAUCACUGGAAAAUCAAACUCGGUUCUCUAAAUAAUAUUUUGGGGUGUUGUUAUCAAAACUUACUUAUAUACUUUCAUUACCAUUAAUUAAAAGCUACUAGAAUCAAUCCAAGCGAAUUUAAUGGAGCACAAUAUAAGUCAAGAACGGCUAGUAUAUUUAUGAUUCAGUACCAGUUAAUGCCCAUUACUCAUGAAAUGUAAUGGUUGAUUGGGGAAAAUGGUGCAAGUACUAACGCCGGGGACAUAAUAUAUAUUCUACCUAGUGUGUUGAAUAUAACAGUAUAAGACUAAUAUGGCAUGCAUUUUACAUAGUUACAUAGUUAAAAAAUAUUAUGAACAUGUAUAUUCUGCCGUUGUUAUAAGAAGCGUCUCCUAAAAUAUCCAAUUAUAGCACAAUAACCGCUGGGACAAAGCAUCCGCAUGUUGCAAUAGUACAGCGGAUGUACGCCUCACAAUGAACUGUAGAUAAACACGACAGACUGUUACAAGGACUCACAAUGCGCUUGUAGAGAAAAUGUUAAAAUUUUGGAUUAAUUUACUGGAUACAGCAGUAUUUGGCUAGCUUUGUUUAACAUCCUAAUAAAAACCCCCGAUGAAACUGCCAAACGCUGAUUAUAGGUUAAAAAUGUAAAUGUUUGAUUAGUUUAAUUGACAGCUUUCGAGAAGCUUUUGUACAUAUAGCCUUGGCACAUCAUUUUAUGAAGGAAAUGGCAAUAAUACCAUGAAAUGAUUUCUUAGGUUUAAGAUAAGCAU